AUAUAAAGAAUAAGAUACCUCAAAGAUGAGUAGUGGAAAGCAACGCCCAAGCAUCUUGGACAAGUCACUGAGUCGUGGCAAGUCUGAAGUCAGCCUUACAGCUUAUGCAUUGCUAUUCUCUGAGAUGGUGCAGUAUUCACAUAAUCGUGUCACAAGCGUCAAUGAAUUACACAAUAAAUUAUCGGAAUUGGGCCAGAGUGUUGGGGUAAGGAUGGUUGAGCUACUGUUCGUAAGAGACAGGAACUACAAGCGUGAGACUAAACUAUUGAAUAUUCUCCUCUUUGUAAAAGGAACACUUUGGAAGUCUCUCUUUGGGAAAGAAGCAGACAAACUUGAUAGAGCAACAGAUGAUGAGAGAAUUUAUUACUUAAUUGAGAAGGAGCCACUGGUCAACAGGUUUAUAUCAGUGCCACGGGAUAAGAGCUCUAUCAACUGCGCAGCUUUUAUUGCUGGAAUUAUUGAGGCUGUACUCAAUUCAACAGGAUUUCCUGCCAAAGUGACUGCUCUUUGGCACAAAGGAACCACAUUCAUGAUCAAGUUUGAUGAUGCAGUUUUGACACGUGACAAACAGCUGGAGGGACGGUGAUUCUAUCCAUUAUUGGAAUGGACGAUAGAUGCUUAUAUAGUAUAUGUUUAAUUGUACAGUUUAAACUAUGUAUGGAUGGGUCCAGUGUUGAUAAUGAAACAUGUUCUCUUGAUAA